GUUUGUUGUUAAAUACCUUUAUAUGGAGUCGUAAGAGCAUAAGGAAGUGACCCAUUUUAUUGGAUGAGAGUAAUCUUAGCAUCUAAUCGAGGAACAUUAAUGGAAUUGGGAAUUUCACCCAUAGUCACAGCCUCGAUGAUAAUUUAACUUUUAGCAAAUACUAAAAUUUUGACAUUUAAUUAAGCAGUAAGAGAAGACAAAAUAUUAUAUUAAGGAGCAUAGAAACUACUUGGUUUAAUUAUGGCUAUGUGUGAAGCUUUUGCUUAUAUAUGGUCAGGUGCUUAUGGAGAUGUAUAAUAAAUUGGUAGUGGAAACUGUCUUUUGAUUUUCUCAUAGUUAGUUUUUUCAGGAAUUGUUGUAAUGCUUUUAGAUGAUAUGUUAAAUAAAGGUUAUGGGCUAGGAAGUGGUAUAUCAUUAUUUAUAGCAACUAAUAUUUGUGAAAAUAUUGUUUGGAAAUCUUUCUCUCCUAUUACUAUAACUACUUAAUAGGGAACUGAAUUUGAAGGAAGUAUUAUUAAUUUAAUCCAUUCUCUUUUAACUAAAGAUAAAAUGGGAGCUUUAUAUCAUGCUUUUUAUAGAACAAGUGCUCCUAAUUUAAAUAAUUUAUUAGCUACAUUUAUUAUUGUAUUGAUUGUUAUUUAUUUCUAAGGGUUUAAAGUAGAAUUACCUAUUUAAAAUCAUAAAAUAAAGGGACAUUAAGCAACUUUCCCUAUAAAAUUAUUUUAUACAUCGAAUUAUCCUAUUAUUUUAUAAACAGCUUUAGUUUCUAAUAUUUAUUUCUUUUCAUAAAUCCUGCAUAAAAAAUUCAGCCAAAAUUUUUUUGUAAAAUUGCUAGGUUAAUGGUAAGAUUCUGAUUAUUCAUAAGGAUAAUCUACUCCUAUAGGAGGUCUUGUAUAUUUCUUAAGUCCACCAAGAGAUUGGUCAUAAAUUAUUUAAGAUCCUUUACAUUGUAUUAUUUAUAUACUUUUUAUUGUUAGUUCAUGUGGUCUUUUUGCUAGAUUUUGGGUUGAAAUUAGUGGAGAAUCUGCUUCUGAUGUCGCUAAUAAUUUCAGAUAAUAAGAUUUGAUGGUUCCUGGAUAUAGAGAUACUUCUAUUAUUAAAAUUUUAGAAAGACAUAUUCCAGUAGCAGCUACUUGUGGUGGAGUUUGUAUUGGACUUUUGACUAUUGUGGCUGAUUUUUUAGGGGCUAUAGGAUCAGGAACUGGUAUUUUAUUAGCUGUGACUAUUAUUUAUGGGUAUUUUGAGUAAUUGAAGAAAGAAAAAGAUAAUUAAUAAUAAAAUAAUUAAUAUGUUAUGUGAUUUUUUGUUAUAUUUCUUUUCUUUUAAAUAUAUUUUAUUUUUUUGUA